CCAGCAGUAAUGAAACAAAGCAGAGGAAGAGCAGCGGUUUGUGUGUUUACAUCUAAGCUAAUGCUAAUGACGCAGCUGUAGUUCCAGCUGCAGCGGCUGUAUCUCUGCCUGUCGCCUGGAAGCUGAAGACUGGCGGUCUGUGUCUCCUGUUCCAGUUUGUCCAGUGGUUGUGAAUAAAGACGUAGUUCCGGAGGAUUACAGCAGCCAUGGCUCAGCAGAGGGGAGUCAACAGCCUCCAGUUCAACCAGGACCAAAGCUGUUUCUGCUGUGCGAUGGAGACGGGGAUGAAAAUCUACAACGUGGAGCCGCUGAUGGAGAAGGGCCACCUGGACCAUGAGCAGGUGGGCAGUGUGGCACUGUGCUCCAUGCUUCAUCGCUCCAACCUGCUGGCCUUGGUCGGAGGAGGAGUCAAUCCAAAAUUCUCCGAAAUCUCCGUUCUGAUCUGGGAUGAUGCUCGAGAGUCCCGAGACCCCAAGGAUAAGCUGGUGCUGGAGUUCACCUUCACCAAACCGGUUCUGGCCGUUCGCAUGAGGCACGACAAGAUCAUCAUCGUGUUGAAGAACAAGAUCUUCGUUUACAGUUUCCCAGAUAAUCCCGUCAAGCUUUUUGAAUUCGACACCAGAGACAACCCUAAAGGUAUCUGUGAUCUGUGUCCCAGUCUGGAGAAACAGCUGUUGGUAUUCCCAGGUCACAAAUGUGGCAGCUUGCAGCUGGUGGACUUGUCCAACACCAAGCCCGGCACGUCGUCGGCGCCGUUUACCAUCAACGCCCACCAGAGCGAGAUCGCCUGCGUGGCGCUGAACCAGCCAGGCAGCGUGGCGGCGUCAGCGUCCCGCAAAGGAACCCUGAUCCGACUGUUCGAUACCACAACCAGAGACAAGCUGGUGGAGCUGCGCAGAGGCACUGACCCGGCCACGCUCUACUGCAUCAACUUCAGCCACGACUCGUCCUUCCUGUGUGCCUCCAGCGACAAAGGCACCGUCCACAUCUUUGCUCUGAAGGACACCAAACUCAACCGACGCUCGGCCCUGGCCCGUGUCGGGAAGGUGGGCCCGGUGAUUGGUCAGUAUGUGGACAGCCAGUGGUCGCUGGCCAGCUUCACCGUGCCUGCUGAGUGCGCCUGCAUAUGUGCUUUUGGAAAAAACACAUCCAAGAACGUGAACUCGGUCAUCGCCAUCUGUGUAGACGGGACCUUCCACAAGUACGUCUUCACACCGGAUGGAAACUGCAAUCGAGAAGCUUUCGACGUGUACCUGGACAUCUGUGACGACGAUGACUUCUGAGAGGAAGGCAGAGGGACGAGACUGACCUGAAGAGACCGCUGUGGUCUAGAGAUGGAAAAGAUGGAAAAGACCAACAAACUCAGCUGCAGCCUGUUUUAUCAAGAGCCACGUUUUAAUCAGUUGUAUUUACAAUGUGCAGCUCAGUCGGUCAAAUGCUGGAUGAUGAGUAACAUGACUAGUGUACAGAAUUUAUGGAAGCUGACAGUGAAGUCUGACUAAAAUUAGAAAUGUUUUACAAAAACUCUUUCUUUUGUUGUAAGUAAUAAAUGGACCUUUUAUUUAUAUGUUGCUGUUUAUCAUUUGACAUUUAUUUAAGAUUUCAGUGUAUAUUUUGCAUCUUUAGUGCGUCACUUAGUUGCGGUGUAUCAGAGGAAUAGUUUGGAUUGUCAAAGUAGGGUCCUGUGGUAUUUCCAUACCAUAUUUCCACCAGGAAAGACAAAAAACCAGCAUAAUGAUGAGAAUGAAAGCCAUAACUUUGACUUUCUGAAUCCUAGUUAUGAGAUAAGUGUGACCUUGAAAGUCUCAAUUAUAACCCUUAUUAUAACUUGUAAUUAUGACUUCCUGUUGGGCUUUUAUUUUUGUUUCAUGGCAUAAAUGGGCUUCCAUACAGUAGAGACCUUGUAGUAGCUAGCAUGUUCCUGUACAGGAAAUGACUCUCCACAGAGUCACAAUCUCCCAUGUAACUCAAGUUAAAGGGCAUAAAAUGACUUUUUUGAGCUUUA